AAUGACAAAUGGAAAUAUCCUCUGUGACGUUGCAAUUUUUGUCUUUAGAAUACCUAAUUGCCAAAUGUUGAAUCCUUCCUAAUGUUUCCAGUAGUCUCAAAGUCACAUUACAUACGCAAAUCCACUUUAUAGAGUAGUUGUUGUUAAUUUGUUAAAGCUAAUGGAGUAGUUGCAUUUCCACCUCAUGUGGACUUAAUAAAAAGUAGUCAAAUUCAAGAAUUCCAUCUAACUACAUUUCAGUUGAUUCUCCCCACAACAUAAUAAUCCUUAGAAGAAAAAAAAGGGAACUAAGGAGACAUGGAUUCUCCUCUCUUGUAUGAAUUCAAAAGGCAGGCUUCCUUCUUCCUCAAAGAGAAAAUCAAGACUGCUAGAUUGGCUCUUACAGAUGUUACUCCUCCUCAACUGCUGGCAGAAGAAGCUACAAGUGGAGAUUUGAGUGCACCAAACAUGCAAACCAUGAGACUAAUAUCACGUGCAGCCUUUGAAGUUGAUGAUUAUUGGAGGAUCGUUGAUAUUCUGCAUAACAGGUUGUCGAAAUUUGAUAGAAGAAAUUGGAGACCAUCUUAUAAGGCUCUGAUGUUAUUGGAAUACUUGCUAACACAUGGACCAGGAAGUAUUGCAGAGGAGUUCCAAAGUGAUGAAGAUGUGAUUAGACAGAUGGGAAGUUUUCAAUAUGUUGAUGAAAAAGGGUUUAAUUGGGGAGUAAGUGUUGGAAAGAUGUCAGAAAGGGUGAUAAAGCUACUGGAAGACAGGAGUCUCCUGAAAGAGGAGAGGGAAAGAGCGCGAAAAGUGACAGUUGGAAUAAAAGGGUUCGGGAGUUUCUGCAAACGUCCUAUUUCAGGUGAAGAAAGCAUGAAAGACGCCAUUUCCGAGAGGUACCUGAGAAGCAAUUCUCACUUUACUGAUUUUCAAAAGAAGGAGAACCAAUUCAUGGCCUCUUACAAGAAUACGGAAGGUGUUAUAGAUGAUCCAAUUAGUGAUGCCAUGGAAUGGGAUCAACAUCCAUUUUGUGAUAGAGAUAAUCAUAGUCAAGCUUCUUUGCUUUCCACCUAAUGGCGCGAGACAACUCUCUAAGGAACUCAGGCAAAAUAGCCCUAUCACUUCUUAAGAAGAAAUCAUGUACCAUAUUGUCAAGUCUGUGUUUCAGUGGAGGUGGAUAGGUGUGCUUUUCUUGUUAAUGAGAUGUAAUUAAAACUUAAUUUUGCAGGUGAG